UGCAUACAGAUGAGUAGGCGGCCAGUCUGAGCUGACCCACACUCAUAAAAACCAACGGGGCCUCGGGCACCCUCACCCAGGACACCCAAUCUCUUGGAUCAAGGACUCACUCCCAUCAAGGAUCCAGUUGCUUUCUUGGGGACCAAGACAUUGAGUGUUUGUCUCAAUAUUCACUCUAGCAGUCCAUGAGAUCAAGGUGUUGACAGAAAGAAUGUUCAAACACCUUCGGAAAUGGUUUGUCACUCACUUUUUUGGGCAUCAUCGGCGAAGAGCAAGGCUGGUUUCCAAAGAUGGGAGGUGCAACAUCGAGUUUGGCAAUGUGGAGGCACAAACGAGGUUUAUCUUCUUUGUGGACAUCUGGACAACUGUACUUGACCUCAAAUGGAGAUACAAGAUGACCAUCUUCAUCACAGCCUUCUUGGGGAGCUGGUUCCUCUUCGGUCUCCUGUGGUACGCCGUCGCCUAUAUUCACAAAGAUCUCCCUGAGUUCCAUCCGUCUGUCAACCACACCCCUUGUGUGGAUAAUAUUAAUGGUUUGACCUCAGCUUUCCUGUUUUCUCUGGAAACGCAAGUGACGAUUGGCUAUGGAUUCAGGUGUGUGACAGAACAAUGUGGCACGGCCAUCUUUCUGCUUAUCUUCCAGUCCAUACUCGGAGUCAUCAUCAAUUCUUUCAUGUGUGGCGCCAUCUUGGCCAAGAUCUCCAGACCCAAAAAACGUGCGAAGACCAUUACGUUCAGCAAGAAUGCGGUGAUCAGUAAGCGGGGUGGGAAGCUUUGUCUCCUAAUCCGAGUGGCUAAUCUUAGGAAGAGCCUCCUCAUCGGCAGUCACAUAUAUGGAAAGCUUCUAAAGACCACAGUCACUCCUGAAGGAGAGACCAUUAUUUUGGACCAGACCAAUGUCAACUUUGUAGUUGAUGCUGGAAAUGAAAAUUUAUUCUUCAUCUCCCCGCUGACAAUUUACCAUAUCAUUGACCACAACAGCCCUUUCUUUGACAUGGCAGCAGAAACCCUUCCCCAGCAGGACUUUGAAUUAGUGGUGUUUUUAGACGGCACAGUGGAAUCAACCAGUGCUACCUGCCAAGUCCGGACAUCCUAUGUCCCAGAAGAGGUGCUUUGGGGCUACCGUUUUGCUCCCAUAGUAUCCAAGACCAAGGAAGGGAAAUACCGAGUGGAUUUCCACAACUUUAGCAAGACAGUGGCGGUGGAUACCCCUCACUGUGCCAUGUGCCUUUAUAAUGAGAGAGAUGCGAGAGCCAAGAUGAAGAGAGGCUAUGACAACCCCAACUUCAUUUUGUCAGAAGUCAAUGAGACAGACGACACUAAAAUGUAGCAGUGGCUUUUCAACACAAAUAAAGCAGAAUUAUGAACAUAUGUAGCGACUAGAAGCAUUAUGAAGCAAUCAACAAUACGGAGCUAUGAAAAUAGACAAAAGCCUUCCUAGUCCACCAGCACAAUGCCCCUGAACCCCAUAACUGUGAUUCUACAAGGCACAUGGCUCUGCAAAGCUAGUGUUUUAGAACAUGCAUUGGAUUUGUAGGAAGCUGGGAUAUAGAAGUUAUGAGGACUCCUUUGGAAUCUUGAACAUGGUUAUUUAAAAUCAUGCAAUGUUGAUAGGAAAAGACAGCAUCAUCAAAAGUCUCAUAAGAUCAAAUGAGAUCUUUUAAAAGUCUCCUUCAAGAAAUAAGCUUUACAUAGGAUCAGGGGGAAAACAUAUUCUCAUUUUGAUUCUACUGAUAAGAA